GUUUUGGUCCACGUCUUCCACAUGCGUUGUAGGACUCGCCGGAUUUUAGUCUUUAUCGCCUACUCGUUAACUGUUGUGGUGUUGGAGUUCGUUAUAUUAAUUAAAAAUGUACUUAAUUAAAUGAAAUUAAAUAUAAUUAGAUGAAUUAAAAGUUGAUUUAAAUUGAAAUAAUGAGAUUCAUUAAAAGAAAUUUAAUUACGAUAGUUUUGGUUUUAAGUUUUUUGAUAACGUUAUCGCUUGGUGCUGAAGAUUAUUACAAACUUUUAGGAGUAUCCAGGGAUGCUUCUGAUAAAGAUAUUAGAAAAGCGUUUAAAAGUUUAGCUCUAAAAUUGCAUCCGGAUAAAAAUCAGGAUGAUCCAGAAGCUGAUAACAAGUUUUCUAAAAUUGCUCGAGCUUACGAAGUUUUAAAAAAUCCUGAAGAUAGAAAACAUUAUGAUCUUUAUGGAGAUGAUGAACACAAUUUUAAAAGACCAACUUAUCAUAGUUAUUCGUAUUAUCAAGACGAUUUUGGGCUUUAUGAUGAAGAUCCUUUAAUUAUUACUUUAACCAAAGCUGAUUAUGAUUUUAACGUCCACGGCGAUAAUAAACCGUGGUUUAUUAAUUUUUAUUCACCUCAAUGUCAUCAUUGCCACGAUUUGGCACCAACUUGGAGAAAAUUAUCUCAAGAAAUGGAAGGAAUAGUUCAAUUAGCAGCUGUUAAUUGUGCUGAAGAUUGGUCUCUUUGUAACAAAAUGGGCAUAAUGGCUUAUCCAACAUUAAUAUUUUAUGAAAAAGAAGCGCACAUUGAUGAUGGGGAACAUUACCAAUUGGAUAGGACGUUGGAUGUUAUGCAAGAAUACAUAAUCUCUAAGCUUAAUGUUGAAAUAGAAGACAUAAUGGGUGAUAAUUGGAAAGAGGAGAAAAGGUUUAAUGAUGGGGUGUUGUUGUUUUUAUGUUCUUGUAAUGAUAUAUGCCAUGAAGAUAUUUUAAAGAUUAAGGUGUCUGCAGCAAUGGAAGGAAUAAUGCCUGUUGGUGAUUUAAAAAACUCAAAUCUUUGCGAAUCUCACAAAUCCUCGAGUAUUUUAUUUUAUGAAAAUGGUCAAGCUCAUCCGAUCGAUGGAUCAGAUACGAAAGAGAUUAUUUCUAACAUCUUAGAAUAUUUACCAAAUCCCACACAAAUAACAACGGAAAAAUUUAAAACGAUUCGGGAAAAACUUCGAAAUGGUGAUGAAAAUCCAUGGCUUAUUUGUUUUUAUGUUGGAUCCGCUGUUGAUUUAAACCUACAAAUUAAAAGACUUUCGAUUUCAAUUCCAAAUAUAAACGUAGGAAUGGUUCAUUGUGGCCAAUUCUCGUCUUUAUGCCACAGUUUACAUGUUUCGAAAUAUCCAACGUGGGGAAUUUUAAAAAAUGGUGGAGCAUUUGAAAUUCAUCAUGGGAGAGAUGUUUUGCAUGAAGUUCGAUCUUUUGCUAAAGAUGGUGUAAAAUCGACUAAUUUUAAUGCUUUAUCACCUGCUGAUUUUCAAAACAUUAUUAAAAGCGGUGAUCCAUGGUUUAUUGAUUUUUUCGCUCCAUGGUGUCCACCUUGUCGUAGUUUAAUGCCGGAAUUACGAAGAGCAAGUUUACAUUUUCAACCAGCUCAAAUUCAAUUUGGUACGAUCGAUUGUACAAUGUACAGCGAUUUGUGUGCAAAAGAAGGAAUCAGAUCUUAUCCCACCACUAUGAUUUAUAAUAACAGCAAAACUCUUCAUUAUCACGGUUCUCCAAGCGAACAUGGAAUCGUUGAGUUUAUAGAAAGCGUCAUCGAUGACGGUGUAAUACAUUUAGAUGGUGAUACGUUUUUGAAAGUUCUUAGAAAAGUUCCUACUGAGUUAUGGAUUGUUGAUUUUGUGGCACCUUGGUGUGGACCUUGCCAAAAGUUAACUAAUGAAUGGAGAAAAUUAGCUAAAGAGUUAUCAGCUUUUUCUGAAAUUAAAGUUGGAUCAGUUGAUUGUGUAGCUCAUAAUGAUCUUUGUUCAGCUCAACAAAUUCGGAGUUAUCCUUCAAUAAGAUUGUAUCCUUUUGGAAGUAAAGGAUUAGAAACAGUGGCAAUGUACAAUGGACAUCGCGAUGUAAUGUCAAUGAAACGUUGGGUAAUAAGUUUUAUGCCAUCUUUAGUCGAAUCAUUUACAUCUGAAGAGUUUCAACAACAAGUGCUUACAAAAAAAUACGUUUUACCGUGGUUGAUUGAUUUUUAUGCUUCCUGGUGUUCGCAUUGUAUUAAUUUUGAGCCUAAUUUUAAUAUAGUAGCAAGAAAACUACAAGGAAAGGUGAGAUGUGGUAAAAUUGAUUGUGACCCAGAAAAUCAUUUCUGUCGCAAACAAAAAAUCUCGAGUUAUCCUACCAUUAUGUUAUAUUUGUCUCCUAACCAAAGAUUUGAAAUAGAUAGCCAAGUUCCUAAAGAGAUUAUAUCUGAAGUAUUUAAAAUUAUGGAUCAACAAGGAUUCAAAAUGCGUGAUGAGUUAUAAUCGUUCUAUAUUUUUUACAACAAUAUGUACAACUACGUAAUACAUUUAUCAACUUAAACAAAAAAUAAAGCUUUUUUAUGGUAACCACAA